AUGACCUGCCCGCUCACCCACGAGCUCUCGGGGCUCGCAAGCCACAACACGACCCGCGCGACCUCCUCCACCGUGCCGACCCUGUUCUGCACCGGCCUCCUUGGGGAUGUUGUCGAGCAUGUCGCUCUGCACGGGGCCGGGGGCGACGCAGUUGACCGUCGUGCCGCUGCGGCCGAGCUCCCUGGCCCAGACGCGCGUCAGGCCCUCCAGCGCCGCCUUGGACGAGCAGUACAGCCCGAGCCCCGGGAACCCCUGGCGGCCGCCGACGGAGCCGAUGUUGAUGAUGCGAGCGUCGGAGGGCGCGAGGCGCGGGAGGAGGGCCUGGGUGAGCAGCAGUGGCGCGCGCACGUUGACGUCGUAGACCUUUGCGAAGUCGGCGGCGGAAAUGGCGCCCAGGGGCGCGUUAACCUCCGUGCCGGCGUUGUUGACGAGGAUGUCGACGCGGGCGGCGGGCCGAGCCAGGCGUCCAAGGCGGAGAGGACCGCCGACGGGGCGGCCUCGGAGGAGAGGUCCGCUUUGCAGGAGACCGCGGAGGGCUUGUGGGGGAGAGAGGUGAUUUGGGAGAUGAGGGCGUCGACCUUGGAGGCGCUUGAGUCGGAGGUGUAG